AUGAAGACCAUACUAAUCACAAAGACGACAUGGAUCAGCGUUGGAUUCGACUCGAAGCCGGCCCCUGGGGAUACCGAGAAUUGUGUUCUGUUCAAAACCGGGGAUUUCUUAACAACAGACCACCCGAAGUAUCACUAUGCGUUCCUCGCUGAAGCCCCAACUGCGGAGUACCCUGAUGAUGACAUCAAACUCUGCACCACAGAAUGUCCCGGCUCCAAUAAUCAGGUUUACACUACGCCCUAUGGAAAGGUAUGGUAG